UCUGAUAUUUGGGCGUUACCGUUAACCAAAAAAAUGCAACAUAACAAGUAAUAACCACAAGAAGAAUAAGAAGAAGAAGAAGAAGCAGCAAAAGUAAAGUAUAAUGAGCGCAUGCAUUUGUUGUUGUAGUAUAAUUCGGCCCUCACCUCUAAGUCACGACCCCAAUUAUCCAUGGUCUCCUCCACCAUCCAAUUCAAACCCUUAUCGCCCAAAUUUCCCCCUCACACUAAAAAACGAUUCGAACUACCACCACCACCACCACCACCACAAUCUCAAUAUUUAUUCUUCUUCUUCGCGGUUCAUCGCUAGAAGUCUCCAGCAGCAAGGGCUUGGAGUCGGAGUCGAUUCCACUGAUAGCAGUUUAGCUCUGAAAAGCGCAGUGAUCGAUGAGGAGGUACAAGUAGAAGUAGAAGUAGAAGUAGAAGAAGAAGAGGUUCAUGGACCUGUAAUCAAUGGAGUUGCAGACACUAAAUCCCAAACUCCGUCGGCGACUAAAACUAAAAAGAAGAAAGAGGAGGACGAUGAUGACAGUUUUGAGAAUAGGUUUAAGCUACGAAACGGCAGGGAGGUUUUUGAAGAAAAGGCCUACAUUGUUGGUGUUGAGCGCAAAGGUGAUAUAGAGGAUUCUUUUGGUGUAGAAGAAUCACUUAAGGAAUUGGCUCAGUUGGCUGACACUGCUGGGGUUUUGGUUGUUGGUUCCACGCAUCAAAAACUAGCUUCCCCGAACCCAAGGACAUAUAUUGGUUCUGGCAAGGUUGCGGAGAUAAAGAGUGCAAUCCAUGGACUUGGUGUUGAGACUGUAAUAUUCGAUGAUGAGCUUUCAGCUGGGCAAUUACGCAAUUUGGAGAAGGCUUUUGGAGGAGAUGUUAGGGUUUGUGACCGCACUGCUCUCAUCCUGGAUAUAUUUAAUCAGCGGGCAGCAACACAUGAAGCAGCUUUGCAGGUUUCAUUGGCACAAAUGGAAUACCAGUUACCGCGAUUAACAAAAAUGUGGACUCACCUUGAGCGACAAGCAGGAGGCAAGGUGAAGGGUAUGGGUGAGAAGCAGAUUGAAGUGGAUAAGCGUAUCUUACGUACUCAAAUUGGAGUUCUCAAAAAAGAGCUUGAAUCUGUUAGGAAACAUCGAAAGCAGUACCGGAACCGGCGUACAUCUGUACCUGUCCCAGUAGUUUCUUUGGUUGGGUACACAAAUGCUGGAAAAAGUACACUUCUAAAUCGAUUGACUGGAGCUAAUGUACUUGCUGAGGAUCGGUUAUUUGCUACCCUUGAUCCAACUACAAGAAGGGUUCAGAUGAAGAAUGGGAAGGAGUUUCUUCUCACAGAUACUGUUGGUUUCAUCCAAAAGUUACCAACUAUGCUGGUUGCAGCCUUCAGAGCUACAUUGGAGGAGAUAGCAGAGUCAUCUCUUUUGGUACAUGUGGUGGACAUCAGUCAUCCUCUAGCAAAGCAACAGAUAGAAGCUGUGGAGAAGGUUUUGUCAGAACUAGAUGUGUCAUCAAUUCCAAAGUUGAUGGUCUGGAAUAAGGUUGAUAGGGUUAGCAAUCCCCAAAAAAUAAAGUUGGAAGCGGAGAAGAGAGAAGAUGUUGUCUGCAUAUCUGCUAUGAAUGGUGAAGGGCUACAUGAAUUCUGUGAUGUGGUUCAGGAAAAAUUGAAGGAUUCUAUGGUAUGGGUGGAAGCUUUAAUCCCAUUCGACAAAGGAGAGCUCCUGAGUACCAUUCAUCAGGUUGGAAUGGUAGAGAGAACUGAAUAUAAAGAAAAUGGGACAUUAGUCAAGGCGUAUGUUCCCCUGCGGUUUGCAAGGCUGCUCACACCGAUGAGGCAACUGUUUAUAUCGUAGCCUCCAGCAUGUAUAUACUUCUUUACUUUUCCUGAACAUUGAUAUCUUAUAUACUUCCAUCUGAGGAGCAAUAAUAGUUUUGUUGUCGCAGAGGGGAGAGAGAGUGAAGGAGAGUUUGAAUUUAGUCUGUAUAGCGGUUCUUGUAUCAUAUUCCUAUCUGUCGAUAGAUCUGUAUGUAGAGUUGCUAGCAUUUGUUUUCUUUUGUAAGUGUAAGAAACAAAACUAGCACAGUUCCAGUUUUUCCUGUUAAUGGAGUUUAUUUGGAAAA